CUUUAGGCGCUGAAGCGUCCUAGGCCGCGGCUUCCGGUUCCUGGCUGAGCUGUACUGAGCGGUUCACAAGGAUUUCCUCCACCUUUCUCCGUCCCUCUACAAGUUUUUCUCACCUGGAUGUGACGCCUUAGAAGACCCGACGGCAGCAGAAGUGAAAACGUCGUAAAAUGGCGAACCGUACGGUGAAGGAUGCACAUAGCAUCCAUGGCACCAACCCUCAGUAUCUGGUGGAGAAGAUCAUCCGGACGCGAAUCUAUGAGUCCAAGUACUGGAAAGAAGAGUGCUUCGGGCUUACGGCUGAGCUUGUAGUUGACAAAGCCAUGGAGUUAAGGUUUGUGGGCGGCGUCUACGGCGGAAACAUAAAGCCAACGCCUUUUCUGUGUUUAACCUUGAAGAUGCUUCAAAUUCAGCCUGAGAAGGAUAUCAUUGUUGAGUUCAUAAAAAAUGAAGACUUCAAGUAUGUCCGCAUGUUGGGGGCACUUUACAUGAGGCUGACAGGAACUGCAAUUGAUUGCUACAAGUACUUAGAGCCUUUGUACAAUGACUAUCGAAAAAUCAAGAGCCAGAAUCGGAAUGGAGAGUUUGAACUGAUGCAUGUAGAUGAGUUUAUCGAUGAACUUCUGCACAGUGAGAGAGUCUGUGAUAUCAUUCUUCCCCGGUUACAGAAACGCUAUGUGCUAGAAGAAGCUGAGCAGCUAGAGCCUCGAGUUAGUGCUCUAGAAGAAGACAUGGAUGAUGUGGAGUCCAGUGAGGAGGAGGAGGAAGAAGACGAGAAGUUGGAAAGAGUGCCAUCACCUGAUCACCGCCGAAGAAGCUACCGAGACUUGGACAAGCCCCGGCGCUCUCCGGCCCUGCGCUACAGGAGGAGCCGGAGUCGGUCUCCCAGAAGGCGGAGUCGAUCACCCAAAAGAAGAAGUCUUUUCCAUAGCCCUUCCCCUCGACGAGAAAGGCAUAGGAGCAAGAGUCCAAGGCGUCAUCGAAGCAGGUCCCGAGACAGACGACACAGAUCCCGUUCUAAAUCCCCAGGUCAUCACCGUAGUCACAGACACAGGAGCCAUUCAAAGUCUCCUGAAAGGUCUAAGAAAAGCCACAAGAAGAGCCGGAGAGGGAAUGAGUAAUGGACUCCUUUUGGUUCUAAUCCAAAUGGCCUACUGGUGGCGAGGGUUAUCUAUUCAAGUGGAAGGAUCAAGAUCUCCUCUUCAGGCAGCUAUGAAUAUGUUUUUAAAAAUCAAGUUUGUUCUUUCUUUUUUUAAAUUAAAGAGGUGCUGAGUUUUGUAUCUCUCUGAAUUAUAAUCAACACCUUUGAGUUCAAUUUUUGACCAAACCAACUAGGACUAUUCAGACUUAACAAGAAAGGAUUUGGACGUUGGGGAGAUUCACAAGAAGGAAAAGAUGUAGCUACUUUAACUCUUUUCUUGUUUUAUUAAACCUGACGCAUUUGCCGGUUUUCUCCA